AUGCCAGCCACAACAGCGGAAACGCUGAGCAUCGUCAACCGCAACGUCUCGGUAGCGCCUCUCGUCCUUCUAUCGGCAGCAGAUCACUACGGCCGGUCAGCAAAGGGCACGCGGAAGCGAGUGGUGGGUGUGCUACUUGGACAGAAUGAUGGCAAGAGCGUGAGGGUGUCAAACAGUUUCGCAGUCCCGUUCGAGGAGGAUGAGAAGGAUCCGUCAGUAUGGUUCCUGGAUCACAACUACGUCGAGUCCAUGAACGACAUGUUCAAGAAGGUCAACGCGCGGGAAAAGCUGAUCGGCUGGUAUCACUCUGGCCCAAAGCUAAGAGCAAGCGAUCUCGAGAUCAACGAGCUGUUCAAGAGAUACACACCCAACCCACUUCUGGUCAUUAUCGAUGUCCAGCCGAAGGACGUUGGCGUGCCGACAGAUGCGUACUUCGCCGUGGAGGAGAUCAAAGAUGACGGCACAACCACAUCCAAGACCUUCGUACACACACCUUCCAUCAUCGAAGCUGAGGAGGCCGAAGAGAUCGGUGUCGAGCACCUUCUACGAGACAUCCGCGAUGUCGCAGUUGGCACACUCAGCACGCGCAUAACAUCACAGCUCGAAUCGUUACAAGGACUACACCUGAGAUUGCAGGACAUCGGCAAGUACCUUCAGAAAGUCCUCGUUGGCGACCUCCCUGUCAACCAUGCAAUUCUUGGCAACCUCCAAGACGUCUUCAACCUCCUCCCGAACCUUUCCACACCGAAGGCGAACUCCAAGGAGCUCGCACAGCUCAACGGCAUUGUGAAUGGCGCAGUCGGCGUGUCAGGAGGCCCUACCGAGAACAGCGAGCUCGCGCGGGCGAUGUCUAUCAAGACCAACGAUCAGCUCAUGUCCAUCUACCUCUCCAGCUUAAUACGAGCCAUCACUGCUUUCCACGACCUGAUCGAGAACAAGAUUCAGAAUAAGAGGCAGCAGGAAGAUGAGGAUGCGAAGAAGGAAGAGGAUAAGAAGGACAAGGAGAUCAAGAAGGAGGAGAAGCUCAUGACGAAUGGUACAUCCGAGAAGACAGACAAGGAAGCCAAGGAGGAGCCCAAGAAGGAUGAGAAGGGUAAGAAGAAGUGA